UAUAUAUUUACACAUUUUCCCUCUUUCGAAACCCCUGGAGAAGGCGGAAUUGAUUCGCACCUACAGAUUUGACAAAUUUUCAACAAAAGUUAUCACAGCUCGUCUAUAAAGAGAAACAAGCCUCGCACACACGGUAACGCUCGAGAGCACAGAUCGAACGUGAGGGACAAUUUCUUCUCAAACAAACUCAUUAUCAGGAAUGGCUAGAAUCAGAGAUAGAACUGAAGAUUUCAAAGAUGCUGUGCAGCGGGCAGCUUUAUCUUUGGGAUAUAACGAGUCCAAAAUGGCAGUGAUAUUGGCAUCUUUCAUUAUGCACAAACCUCGGCAAAGGUCAUCUUUUACCAAAGCAGCAUUGAAAACGCUUGAAAGCAUCUAUACUCUGGAACAGUUCUUGGUGAAACAUAGGAAGGAUUAUGUUGAUCUACACCGGACAACCGAACAGGAGAGAGAUAGCAUUGAGCAUGAAGUUACUGUUUUUAUUAAAGCCUGCAAAGAACAAAUAGAUAUUCUCAAAACUGGUAUAAAUGACGAAGAAGCAAAAUCAAAGGGCUGGCUUGGCAUUGGGGGCGACAAUUCUAAUGCUGACACUGUAGCCCACAAACAUGGCGUGGUUUUGAUUUUAAGUGAAAAACUUCACGCAGUCACAUCACAGUUUGACCAGCUUAGAGCCAUACGCUUCCAAGAUGCUAUUAGUAAAGCAAUACCAAGAAGAAAAUUGAAGCGGGGUGCCACAUCAAAUUCUACGGAUAUUUCUAAAACUAACAAUUUGGAGCUCAGGGAGCCUGACCAAUCAGAGCUCAGGGAGACUGGUGAGGUCCAACCUGAGCCUUUAAGAGCCCAACAGCAGCUUCUGGACGAUGAAACACGUGUCCUCCAGGUGGAGUUGACUAGUCUUCUAGAUGCUGUUCAAGAGACUGAAACAAAGAUGGUUGAAAUGUCUGCAUUGAAUCACCUCAUGUCCACACAUGUUUUGCAACAAGCUCAACAGAUAGAGCUUUUGUAUGAGCAGGCGGUUGAAGCUACAAUGAAUGUAGAGCUUGGUAACAAGGAGCUGAGCCAGGCUAUCCAACGGAAUAGCAGUAGCAGGACUUUUCUUUUGCUUUUCCUAUUUGUACUUACUUUUUCAAUCCUCUUUCUUGAUUGGUAUAAUUGAUUGAAGGAAGAUCACAAAUAGUUUCAAAAUUUGAGCACAUUGUAUUCUGUACUCUCUUUUUCCUUUUUCUUUUCAAGUUCUCUUGUUUUGUCUAAUUAAGAAAACCUACCAAAGCCACUUAAAUUCUUUUAACAAAUGUGGUUAUGGGGGUUGGGGAAAAUUUGAAAUUAUUAUGCCCUCGUAAGGUUAUUUUGUUUCCAAAGAAA